CCAUGCUGAUACUCAGUGCUGAGCUGUGGAGCUGUUGAAUCCUCUCUCAUGGCUAUAUGGGAGCUCUUGCUGUCUCUCAGCAUUCACUGCUGGCUGGCAGCUUGUGCCAGUCUAAGUGACGAAGGCCCCGCUGGGCCCCUGGACUGGCUUCUUUCUGGCAAGGGCCCAUUUCACCACUCCCAGGAGUACACCGAUUUCGUGGAGAAGAAUCGCCAGGGCUUUUCCACCCGCUACAAGAUCUACAGGGAGUUUGGUCGCUGGAAAGUGAAUAACCUGGCUGUGGAGCGCAGGGAUUUUCUGAACUCUCCUCUGCCCUUUACGCCCGAGUUCAUCCGCAACAUUCGACAUCUGGGACGCAGACCUUCAGCCAAGCUAAUUACUGACAACCUCAUCAAGAAAUAUGGGACCCAUUUUCUCCUCUCUGCCACACUAGGAGGUGAGGAAGCGCUUACCAUUUUUGUGGAUAAAAGAAAGCUUAGCAGGAAAGCGGAGGUGAGCGACUACACGAGCAACAGUACAGCUGUGACUCUGGAAGCCCUCCAUCAGCUGGCUGCCUCCUACUUCAUAGACCGAGAGAGCACACUGCGCAAACUGCACCACCUUCAGAUCGCCUCCACUGCCAUCAAGGUAACUGAAACAAGAACCGGCCCUCUCGGAUGCAGUAACUAUGACAACCUUGAUUCAGUCAGUUCAGUUUUGGUUCAGAGUCCUGAAAACAAAGUCCACUUGCAAGGUAUGCAGGUCAUUCUGCCAGACUACCUCAGACAUACCUUUGUUCAAGCGGCUCUCAGUUACAUUGCCUGCAACGGUGAAGGAGACUUUGUCUGCCAGGACAACGACUGCUGGUGCAAGUGUGACUCUAAGUUUCCAGAAUGCAACUGUCCCUACAUGGAUAUUCAAGCAAUGGAAGAGAGUCUUCAUCGAGUCUCUGAAUCAUGGGAACUUCUUUACAAAGAAUUUAAGGAAUCAGAUGAAUUCAAGGCGUUCCUUAUCAGGCUGCCUCAGAACUUCUACCUCAACACGUCUACAAUCCAGCACUUAUGGCUGCUGGAUAGCGCAUUUCAGCGACGCUACGAGAUGCUAGAGAGCAGCAUGAAGGGCCUGUUAAGGAGGGCCCACCGAGUUGUUUACAAGCUCUUUAGUCUGAGUAAGAGGUGUCAAAAACAACCCCUUAUCAACUUACCCCGUGAAAGGCCACGGUCAUACUGGCUGAACCACGUCCAGUCAUUACUCUACUGCUCUGAGAACAACCAGCUGGGCUUUUUCUCUGAGGAGUUGCAAACGUGCAUUUGUGCCUAUGACCAGUACUCAUGCCAGGUAGCCACCCCGUGCACUCUAGGAGAAGGUCCAGCCUGUGCGUCCUGCGCGAGCGACAACCACACUCGCUGCGGCAGCUGCAACCCCGGCUACAUGCUGACACAGGGUUCCUGUCGACCGAUGGUGGCCGAUUCCACCGAGAACUACAUCGGUUUCGAGACUGACUUGCAAGACCUGGAGCUGCGCUACCUGCUGCAGAGGGCUGAUCGACGCCUAGAGGUCCACGCCAUCUUCAUCAGCAACGAUAUGCGUCUCAACAGCUGGUUUGAUCCCUCCUGGAGGAAGAGGAUGCUUCUCACGCUGAAGAGCAACAAGUACAAAACCAACAUGGUGCACAUGCUUUUGGGGAUUUCUCUCCAGAUCUGCAUUACCAAGAACAGCACCCUGGAGCCUUCUCUUACUCUGUUUAUCAAUCCCUUUGGUGGGAGCCACUCAGAGAGCUGGUUAAUCCCAGUAAGUGAGAACAAUUUUCCUGAUUGGCAGGCCACUAAGCUAGACCUUCCACUUGAAUGUUUUAACUGGACCCUGACUUUGGGCAACAAGUGGAAGACCUUCUUUGAAACAAUUCACAUUUACCUGAGGAGUCACAUUAAAACACCAGGUACUAGUGUCAACGAGAGCGUAUAUUUGGAGCCCUUGGAUAUGGCAGACUCCUCCAGAAACUUGGGCUACAUGAAGAUCAACAGCAUCCAAGUGUUUGGAUAUAGUAUGCAUUUUAACCCGGAAGCAAUCCGAGACUUGAUCCUGCAGCUGGACUAUUCGUACACACAGGGUUCGCAGGAUUCAGCCUUGAUGCAGCUGCUGGAGAUCCGAGACCGCGUAAACCGACUGUCUCCACCAGGCCAGCAGACGUUGGACCUGUUUUCUUGCUUGCUGCGCCACCGACUCAAACUCACUGCCAAUGAGGUGGUGCGCAUCCAUUCUUCUCUUCAAACCUUUAGUUCCCGACUCCCGAACUCUCUGGAUUAUGAGACAACUAAACUCUGUAGUUAAGAGCUAUGGAUUUGGACAGAAAGCUUUCUGCACAUGUACAAGUCUGUGGAUUAUUACAUCUACAAUGAACAAUCAAUCACAGAAGGUUCUGGAUUAACAAACGAAUUGUUUUCUUGAUGACAUUUUUUUCACAUUUAAAUUAAUGCCUUGACGAGUGUUCGGUAAAUUGUGUGUUAUGGCUUUGAGACCACAUGGGACUUCGGCCAUAUAUGGUAUGAUUGUAGAUUUUCUAUGUUAUUUUUCUUUAGUGACUGUGCACCUUUCUUGAGGAGAAUUUCCUGAUGU